AUAACCAGAGCGGCUCUAUAUAACCCAGGUCAACUUACAAGGACAUUAUAGAUCAACACUUUAGAUGCCAGGACAUCUACAUAUUGCUGGAGAACACAUCUUCUUCCUUCCCAUCCUGUGAAUUCGGAACUCACAUUCUUCUACUAGCGUUUCCUCAGAUCGCAAUGGCUCAACCACAGUCAACCGAGGGCCAAGUGCCUGCCAGAGCUGGAAAGGGUGUCUGGCGUGAAUUGCGUGAAAAUCCCUAUAUACUUGGUCUAUCUACUUUUGCAUCGCUUGGAGGCUUCCUCUUUGGCUAUGACCAAGGUGUUAUUUCAGGAGUUCUGACCAUGGAGUCCUUCGCUGCAAAGUUCCCCAGGGUGUAUCUUGAUAGCAGUUUCAAAGGCUGGUUCGUCUCAACGCUUCUGUUAUUGGCAUGGCUUGGAUCCUUGAUCAACGGACCACUUGCCGAUCGUAUAGGUAGAAAAGGGUCUAUGCUUGUGGCUGUUGUUGUUUUUCUCUUGGGAUCGGCGCUACAGGCCGGGGCGAGUACUAUCCCAACCAUUUUUGCCGGUCGAGCCAUUGCUGGUUUGGCGGUGGGAAUGCUAACUAUGAUCGUUCCCAUGUAUAUGUCAGAGGUCUCCACUCCUGCGAUUCGAGGCACGCUCGUGGUUCUACAGCAGUUAAGCAUCACUCUGGGAAUUCUGAUAAGUUAUUGGUUGGAGUACGGUACUCAGUACAUUGGCGGCACUCGAUGCGCCCCUGACAUACCAUAUGCUGGCGAGUCAUUCAAUCCAAACACCGAUGUUGGCCCGAACGGAUGCACUGGACAGUCUGAUGCAGCGUGGCGAGUACCAUUUGCCCUACAAAUGGUUCCUGCACUGGUUCUAGGCAUCGGCAUGAUAUUCUUCCCAGAGUCUCCGCGGUUCUUCUUGAUGCGACAUAACGAAGAGAAAGCACUCAAGGCGCUGGCCAGACUGCGUCGUGUUCAUCCUGACUCGGACAGUCUGCGCCAGGAAUACCUUGCCAUCAAGACAGAGGUCCUGUUUGACGAAUCCAUGGCACGCGAUAAGUUUCCUGGCAAAAGUGGUCUCUCUCUUUGGGCGGCCCAAUACGUCUCACUUGUUGACACGUGGCCAGCCUUCAGACGCCUGGCUAUCGGGUGCUGCAUCAUGUUCUUUCAGCAAUUCAUGGGCUGCAAUGCAAUCAUUUACUACGCACCGACUAUGUUUGCCCAACUGGGCCUCUCCGGGAAGACAUCCGGGCUUUUAGCCACCGGCGUUUACGGUAUCGUCAACACGCUCUCUACACUCCCCGCCUUGUUCCUCAUCGAUAAAAUCGGACGACGACCUUUGCUCAUGUGUGGAGCUGCUGGUACCUUCGUCUCCCUCGUGAUAGUUGGCGGUAUCAUCGGCGGCUACGGCUCUACCCUCGCAUCGCACUCAUCUGCGGGCUGGGCCGGUAUCGCCUUCGUCUACAUUUAUGACAUCAACUUCUCGUACUCCUUUGCUCCCAUCGGCUGGGUCUUGCCGUCAGAGAUAUUCAACCUGGGUAACCGAUCCAAGGCCAUGGCUAUCACCACAUCGACGACCUGGAUGUGCAACUUCAUCAUCGGGCUCGUCACUCCGGACAUGCUCGACAAGAUUGGCUGGGGCACAUACAUCUUCUUCGCGGCUUUUUGCUUGUUGGCUCUGGUGUUUACGUUCUUCUUCGUUCCCGAGACCAAAGAUAAAAGCCUUGAAGACAUGGAUGUUGUAUUUGGUGAUACGGCAGCACACGAGGAGAAGGCUAGGCUGUAUCAAAUUGCCGCUUCUAUGGGCCUGACCGAUACGCUGCCAAGUGAGAAAGUGGACGCCAAUAGAGUCGUGGCUGAGGAGCUUGAGACACAAGUCUAACGACCAAGGGUUGUGACAAAGGCGAGUUUACCGGCCACGAAGGCUUGACCCGUAAAUAAGACAACUAGCUAGUUACCAUCACUAGAUCAUAGCAAAGCUGAAGUGGUUGACGUACUUUGAGUAUAAUUUAAGACGUUUC